AUGCAUCAGACCAUCGACCCCGCAAUCCUCUACUGGGAGAGUGCCGUCAUCAUCAUCUCGACUACAAACCAUGAUGGAACAACACACCUCGCGCCAACGUCCUCAGCCUGGUGGCUCAGUCAACGCUGCAUGUUGGGUCUAGCAGCACAGUCCCAGACCACCAUCAACCUGCAGCGGAGCAAGCAAUGCGUCCUGAACCUACCGUCGGACACUAUGGUCGCCUAG